AUGUUUAUCGAUACGCCGGAGGGAUACGACAAUCUGACCGAGAAAUCUCGCGAGAUUUUACAGCUGCUGAACUUGCAGGAAAUGGAGCAUUUUGAUUGGUUCUUGAAGGCUGAUGAUGACACCUAUGUCAUCAUGGAGAAUAUGCGCUUUAUAUUGAAAGGGCUAAAUCCGGAAAGACCUGCGUAUCUGGGUUACCAGCUGGAGCCCACCUGCGUCGACUCGCCCUACAUGAGCGACGGCGCAGGAUAUGUGUUCAGCCUAUCCGGGCUUAAGCGCCUCGUUGAAAAGGGAUUCCAGGUCAGAUAUCAGUACUGUUAUAGAUCCAGGCCAGAUUUCAGUAAAUACCAGGAAUACAGGGCGCUUGCCAGGAAAAAAGAAGCUUCGAGGAUUUAG